AUGUAUGAGGCAAAGUUGAUCGUUUGUAUCGCCACACUAUGCACUACAUGCGCUAUGGUGGCUUGUCUGGUCAUAAUUCCAUCGUUGUACCGCGAGAUUGAUCAACUGCAUGCUGAGGUUUUCGACAGCGUGCAAGUGUUCAAAGCGGAAACAGACGCAGCAUGGACAGAAAUCAUGCAACUUCAAAUAUUCGCUGUUCCACCGUCAAAACCCCGCGAAAAUCCCCUCCAUAGUCUAUUCGUGAGAAGCAAACGACACGACUACUCGAAACUUCCAUCGUUCUGCCAUUGUGAACCCGUGAAGCCAGUUUGCCCACCUGGACCACCGGGACCACGUGGAGAUCCAGGACCAGAUGGGCGUAAGCGGAUUUUUAUUUAUAUGCAUGCUUUUUGCUGA